AAAGGUCAUAUUAACUGCUUAAAAGCAAUCAACUUAAUAUUAAUCAAUUAAAAUCAAGUUAAAAUUACUCUGUUGUAGUUUCUGGACAAUCAGGAUUAUGGUGGAUUGAUAAUACAUCUUUAAUUUUGAUUUCUUAAACAUAAACGAGCAUAAAAAAUGAGCAAUUUAUAAGCGCAGUAGCUAUUACAUCUGAUUCUCGUUAUAUACUAGCUAAUUAUGAGAGCAAACUGACUCUUUUUUAAGUGAAUUUAACAGAUUUUACUCUCAUACAACAAAGAUAAGCAUCUGAUGUCUUAUCUAUCACAGAUAUUUUUUUAGCAUUUAAUGAAAAAAUUGCUAUUAUAACUGGAGAAAAAGGUUCUGUCAUAGCUUAUGACAUAUAAUAUAAAUCUAUUGGUGAUCAAUUGCAAAAACUAAGCUCAUACAGUUCUUAAACAUCUAUCAUAUCUUUUAUAUAGCUUUCCUAAUAUUUAAAGUGGCUCUUUAUAGCAGAUUAAUUUUUAGGGGUCACAAUAUUAAAUUUAAAUUAUGUAGAAUAAAGUAAUGGAAAAGUAUAAACUUUCUAAAUGAAUAGAUGUGCAACUGUAGGAGGAUUAUACUUUGUUGACUAAGUAGAAGUUACUUUAGAUAGUAAAUAUUUGUUUGCUUUUGACAGAUGGUAUGGCAUAUAAAUUGUAGAUUUGACACCUUUAAUAGAAGCUGACUCUUCUACUUAUCCAAUUAAACUUACUAUUAGCAAAUUAUACUGGCCUUACUAAAAAAUGAAUCCUGUUUUUAUGGGAGGAAAAAUGUCUAGCGAUUCCAAUUACUUAGCUGUGUAUGUGAGAUCGUAGGGCUUAUCUUUUUUGAUAUAUCAGACAGACUUAAUCCUUAAUAUUAUUAUAAGAUUUAAAUUUCAGGUAUUCCUAUUUGGAUUGAAUUUACACCUUCUUAAUCAAACAUUUUUUACACUGAUGGAAAAUAAAUUCUAAUUUUUGAUCAAAUUAGACCUAAUUUAAACGAUAACUUUCCUAAUUUAUUCAAUGGUCAUUAGUCUGAUUUGAUCACUUAUACAAAAAACUAUUACUAGUGGCGAUGCUACAUUUCUCCAGAUUAAAAAUUUAUGUAUGCAACUUAAUGUGGCUAAUUAGACAUUCUAAGCAUCUAAAGAAAUGAUCCAUACAAUAUCAAUUUAUAAAUAAAUAUUCCUAAUGAAGGUAAAACCCGUACUUGCAAUCUUCAAUUCAGCUCCGAUUUUAAAUAUUUAUAUUAACCUGUCAAUACUUCAAAUAGAUCAAUUGAUAUUUAUGAUCUUAGUUAAUUAACUUUAAAUACCAAAUUACUUUAGUAGGUUUCAAGCUAUAAAAAUAAUAAUCCUUAAAGAAACGAAGAUAUUCGUUUUAGCUAAGACUAAAAACUAUUAGUAAUGACAUACGCUUAAGGCAUAUAGAUCAUAGAUUCAUCCGAUCUGUUAAAUUUAAAAUUACUAAGUGAAUGGAAAGUACCACUGCAAAUGAAUGGCUUUCCACGUUCUGUAGGAAUUUCUUCAAAUAAUCAAUGGGUUUUGAUUGGAGUGAGAAGUAUUGGUAUGUAUUUAGUAUUAAAUAUAGAAGAUCCUAAGAAUCCUAUUUUGUAAAAUUCUUUUUCGACUUAAGGAGGAGAGUAAGUAGUUAUAUCAGAAAUAUAUAAUAUUGCUUAUCUAUGUGAUGGGUCUAGCGGGUUAGCUAUUUUAGAUGUAUCCUCUCUUCCUUAAAUUAAUAUAAUAAGCAGGAUUAGUAUAGAUGGAUGGGCAAAUCAUUGUAAUCCAAUCUAAAAAGAAAAUUAUAUGCUGAUUUCUUCAAUGGAUUAUGGAAUGAUAACUCUUGUUAACAUUUAAAAUAAAACCAACCCUAUUGUUUAUAGUAAAUAUGUAUAGGAUGAAUAACAAUCGUUUGGAAAUUGCUACUUCUCUGAUUAUUCCUAUGGAUUUUCAGUCAGUUAAUUUGGUUUAAGAGCAUUUCCAAUGACUUCUUAAAUUAAGAUACACUCCUCUUUUAUUGAUAUAACAGGUAGUGACAGUCCGAUAAGAUUAAUUCAAAAUGAAUUACUACAAGUAGGAUAAGUCAUAGAAUUGUAGUUACUAAUGCUCUAUCCAACAGAAGGAUCGCUGAUAACAAAUGUUUUUUAUUAUGAUAAUUUUUAAAUGAAUUAGCUACCUUACUGGAUCACAUUUGUUAAGAGUAUAAAUUCUGUUAUCAUAUCUGUUGACAAAUCCUCUAUCGAUUCAUAAAAUAUUCAAGGAGUAUUCCUUAAUACUCUUGUUGUUUAGGUAUCUGUGCCUCUUACUUCAUAAAGUUUCAUAUAUGAAGGGUUAACUAAUGAAAGCUAAAGUAAUGAUAUUUACAAUUAUUACUAAUAAAUAGGGCUUAUAGAUGGAAAUAACUUAAUUACUACUGUUUUUAAUCCAAAUUUGUAAAUAUCCUUUACAGUUGUUUAAUUAGCCACCUCAGAACUUAAUUAAAAACUUUAUAAAAAAGUGAAAUUAACGUUUUAAAGAAGUAUUUAUUACAAUCCUAUCUUAUUCGAAACUUAGCAGUCUUUAAGUUUUGACUUUAAAAAUUAACUUGGAAUGAUACAAACUUUCUCAUCAACAGCUUAACUAACUAUUUAGGUAAAUAAUCCUAUAAUGGGAUUUUUCGUUAACAAAAUUUACGAUGGUGUAAUUUCAUCUAUAUUUGUAGACUCAAGUGGGAUUAUUUUUUCUGGUUCUAUUUAAAUUUUAAAUAGAAUUUUGUAAAACAAAAUAUUGUUUUCACAAAACUUUCCUCAAAAUAAAAUAGCUGUUGAUAAUGGAUAAUCUCAUCAAUUUUUAAUUAAAUUAGAUGACGGAAUAAAUUAUGGAAUAAAAAAAUUAAUUUCAUUUUCAGAUUGCACUUAAAGCUUUAUUCAAAUUAAGAGUAGAGUGAUGCAAAAUCCUUCAUUAAAGCUACAAAGCUAAAUUAAAAACAAAUAUUAUAAUUCUAUAAUUCCUAUUAUAGAUGAGACUUCAAUAGAAUUUUCAUCUCAAACAUUUGAAGAACCAGAUGGUUUUCAGCUCUCUUAUCAAGCAUAUCUAUAAGGUAGUGAUGGAGAAUUUACUAUAUUAAAUAGUGAUUAUUGGCUGAAAUUCUAAAAUCAAUUUCUUAGAUUUUACGGAAGUGCACCUUAAACAAUGUUCAAUUAAGCUGUUACCAUUUAGAUAUAGGCGACAAAUGGUAUUACAGUAUGCUCAGAUUAAUUCACAAUUUACAUCUACUAAUUACCUCUUUAAUUUAUUUUAAAUCUUUUAGUGUCUAUUCUAACUACGCUUAUUAGUAUAAUUGGAGUUUAUUAGUAUCAUUCAAUUGUUUUUAAUUUUUUAAACUUCAAAAAUACUUUUUACUCCAAAGAAACUGCCAGGAUUAAUUAAAUAUACUUUAAAGUAAUUCUAUUACUUGGGAAUAAUGUUUUAAAAGCACAGAAGCUUGUAGAUUAAGUUUUAGUGUAACUCUAAGAAGAUUUAAAAAAUGAAAGUAUCAAAAAUAUAGAGUUGUAGUAAAUAAAUGAUAAUCUAAAGCAAAGUUAAAUUGUCAAGCUUAUAACUUUUGACAAUUCUGUAAAUUAAUAACAAUAAUAAUAGCCUCAAGAAAAAUAACAAAAGAAUUAGUAAUUUAAGCCACCAAAUAAGAAUUUUCUUCAAUAGUAAAAAAAAUUAAUUCUGAAAUUAAAUUAAUUCUAUUAAUAAAGCAAGUAUGAUUCUAAUAUAUAAAGCUUCCUCUGUGAUAUAGAUGGAAUAAUUGAUAUGGAUAAGGUAGUAUCUUUCAUUAGAAUGUCUAAAUUAGAAUAUAAAUUUAAAGGGAAGAAAAUAAAUAUGCUUGAUGAUUUGAAAUAUUUAGAAGAUAGCUCUAGUAUUUUGCACUUAUGUGUAUUUUGUUUAUUGUCAAAAUAUGUUCUAUAGCAGUUGCCAGAUCAAUAGUUUUUCUAUGAUUACUUGAAAUAGUAUGCAUUAUAGUAUAAUUAUUACAGUCCAAACGACUGGUAUAAAAAUUUUAUAGAGCUCUAGUGUUAACUAAAUUAAGAGGAGCAUAUUAAAAUGAGUGAUAUAUGUUAAUAAAAAUUAUUUUAACUAUAUAGCUUUAAAGACUUUUAAAUCUAGCAAGCUUUUGAAUCUUUAAAAACAUCACCUCAUUUCAAGAUUAUAUAAAAUAAAUUCAAAUACCAAAAUGUUAAAUUAAAUAUUUUAAAAUAAGCUCUAGUAUCAGAUGCUCUUGGUAUGUCUUCAUCAGGAAAAUUUUCAAAAUGUUAAGGUGAAUCACUUCUGAUUAAUAUUUCUAAUAUAGGAUCUAUAUAGGCAUAUACAAAAAGGAGUAAAAAAUGUUUAUUUGAUAAAUCCUUUUUUAAUUACAAAAAAUAUGGAAUAUCAUAAAAUAUAAAGCUCCCUUGCUGGAUGUCUAUAGUAAAUAAGCAUAAUUUUAUAAUCCUCUAAGGAAAGCCAUCCAUCGAUGACUAUGAAGAAUUUCAAAUUAGAAUAACUGACACUUAAAAUCAUAUAUUAAAAACAUUUGAUUUAGAAGUUAAACCUUAAGACUUAAAUACUAAAAGCUAAUAAACUCGUAUUAUUGAUAAAUUUAUUUAAAAAGAUGAAUGUGAAAGUAAAGUUAACAAUACAACAUUCUUCCCUUAAGAUUAGUUUUAUACAGAAAACUUUGUUCAAAGAUAUCAAAAUUAAACAAAAGAAUCUAUUUUGUACCAAUAAGAAACAGAUUCAAUAUUUUCAAAGAUAUAAAAAGAGAAUCAAAAAUAAAUUUUUCUUCCAGAUGAAGCAAACUCUCUAGAUCAAAUUGAUAAUACUCAUAACACGAUUUACUAUUCAUCUAUAAAAAAGUAAAAAACACUUUUUUGA